UUUCAGGAAACUGUAGUGACCUGGAUUCCUGCAAUUAUAUAUCAAAGGGUGGUGGUGGGGAUGCCACUCAUUGUACUUUAGAGAAGACAUUCAUCAUCGAAGAAGAGAAAAAUGAGUCUAUUACUAGUGUUGGUAGGACCAUGAGUGUUUGUUUUGAAUCUUCAAAUGUACUCACCAAUGUGGUGAGUACUUCUCCAGAGACUUCAUUAGAAGACAAUGUAGCCAAUCAACCAAUUACUAGUGUUGCCAGUCAAUCUGCAGUUACUACAAAUAUUGUUCAGCCACUUGCCUCUAAUAAUAUUCAUAAUACUGAAAAACCAGAACAGAUUAUUUCGUCAACAAAGAGCAUUGCAAAGCUUGUUGUAGCUAAUGCAUCAGCAAGCACCAGUUCAGUUCUUCAGAAGGUUGUUAAUCCUCCUUUAAUAACGGUUUUGAAUCCUUCAGGACCAUUGACGGUGGUGAAAACACUAUGUGUUACUUCUGGAGUAUCCAGUGCUCCUCAAUUUACGUUGGUCAAUUCUGCCCCUUUGAAUGUAACAAAUGCUGUUGGAAAAUCACCCACUAUCACCCUUCUCAAUGCACCAGUGACAGUAGUCAAAGCAAUUACUACUCCACAAAAUGUCAUUGUGGAGAAGAACCUUCCCGACAUGAUGGUAAAUGCAGCUGUUCCAAGCAAUACAUCUCCUGUUUCAACAAUUAUCGAAAAUAGAGCUCAUAAUGUUUUUGUUAAGAAUACUUGUCCGGAUUCUACAAUAGUAGAUGUACCACAGAGCCACAAAUUGUUGACAGCUAAUAAUUUUCCGCAGACAAAUAUUUUGGCAAAUCCACAAAGCAAGACCUUAAAUGGACAAAGGAAUAAAUUGAAGAUUGUUAGUAAUGUUGUAGUGCCAGGAACCUCUCAAACAAACAAUAUUCUAGUGAACAAAUCAAAUCAGCGCUAUAUUCCAAGACCAAAAGUUUUAGGUCCAAAUAGUGCAACUACAAAAUAUAUAAACAAAAAUAAUCCAAGUAAUUUUGUUAAACCUGGUAUGAAUCCACAGAUGAAAAUGAUUCCAGAUAAAUCUCCGACUAGAAUGGUAUAUCCUACACAUAAAGGUCAAAUUAAAACACUACAACCUGUCAAUAAUUUUGUGCAGAAGCAACAUCAACAUGGUAUAAAAACGAUAACUCCUCAAAACAAGGCUGUUCCUGGCCACGUAACCAGAACAGGAUCUGGCUUAAGAACUAUUCCUCCUCAGAAAGCACACAAAAUGCCAAAUAAACCCAAUUACAUAGGAAAGCAUGCAGUACAAGCUCAAAAAAUGAGACAAGCCCAUGGAAAAGUUAAAGGUCUCAAAAUUCCUUAUAAUGUUCAUGUGCCACCAAUGCCUGACAAACAUUUGAACGAGCUAACUUUUAAUCAGGCAUUAACAGCACAAAUUAUUGAAACUUUGAGCAACUCCAGUACACCUACGCUGAAUAACAGAUACGACGUUAUGCCCUCAAGGUACGAUAAUGCAUUUACUUGUCCAGAAAUAAAACCAUCCAGUGAACCCUGCAAACCAGUUGAGGAUACAAAUAAAUCUGGUUUGGAUGCAUUAUCUUUGAUAUGCCAAGCAGUAUUAUUGGAUCACAAUUACAAUGCGACUUUACCUCCAGAUUCGCCCACAAGACCUUCGCCUCCCCUUAACGUGCCCACUCAAGUUAAUGGGCUUUCUACACCUAUAUAUUCUCCAGGUUCGUCAAAACGACGACCAAUGCCUUCAUCCAGUACGAUCACAUCCCCACCAAUUAUUUCUAACAUGUCUUUAGGGAUAACUAGUAAUGCAUUAAUGACAGUUAGAGAUGAUGAUGCUGCAUCCGAUAUUUCUGAUGGUUCUGACCGUAAACAUGACACUGAGGGAGAAGAAACUGAUACUGCUCCGGAGGCGGAGGCAGUUAGUAAUGAAAAUUUCGAUGGUUAUGGUGAUUAUGUAACAAGGUGCAUUUGCGGUUAUCUUCACGACGAUGGUUACAUGGUAGAAUGCGACAAGUGCAAAGUUUGGCAACAUGUUCAAUGUGUUGUUAAAAAUAAACAGGUUCCUGAUGAAUAUUUGUGUGAGGAAUGCGAUACUACUAAGCACAUUGACAGGCAGAAAGCUCGGGCUAUGCAACAGCAAUGGCUGAGGGAAAGACAGUUAAUUGAUCCGAAAUUGAGAAAGGAUCCCAAAGUUAAAGAAAUGUUUAAGCCGAAGGAGGUUAUAAGUGACUCUGAUUCGUCUGAUGGGGAACAUGUUCCAAACAAUUUUGUCCCCAAACCCAGGGUGCUGGCUAAUAAAAGAAAAUCUGAAAAUCAUCCUAAACCGUCUUUAGCCAGACAAAGGCGAGAAAAUGUUAAAGAAGUUGUACAAAAAAGGCAGAAAAGGAAGGAAAGGAAAAUAAUCAGAAAAAAGACAAGGGUACCAAUAAAGAAUCAAAGUGACGAUGAGAACCAGCAGGAUACUUGGGCGUCCCAUUUGCCUCAGCUAAGACAGUGGAUAGAAAAAUAUGAAGAGGCAGUUACGAAUCAUUAUUCACCGGAAUUGAGAGCUCGAAUAUCCAGCAUUAGAGUAAACGGAGCUCAUUCCGAUUCCAACAUCCAGUUCGAUGCGACUGUACACAAAUGCCGAGUGCACACUCAACCCGUGACCGAAAUUAAAUAUUUAGUCGCUACAGUGAACCUUCCUGCGAAUACGCCGGUUGUAGAACUUAGGGGCAAGUACAUGCUGUCGACACAACAUCGCAAUUCGGGAGGGUCUCUCACCACUCGACAGCACUCACAGAGGCCCGGUCCCUUCUUGUUUUUCUACCGGUUGCAAAAGGACAACACUGAGGUCUGUGUGGAUACAAGGACGUAUGGCAACAGCGCUCGGUUUAUUAGACGAUCUUGUAAGCCGAACGCCGAAUUGAGACAUUGCAUCGAAAAAGGUGUCUUACAUAUAUAUGUGGUGUCGACUGCUUCAGUCGACAAGAAUUGUGAAUUGACAAUCAAACAUGAAUCUCACGAUUUGGCCGCCAUUGGAACCACGAGUAUCGCAUGUGCUUGUGGCAACCACAACGAGUGUACAGUCAACAAGUCGUCCAUUAAGAAAAAUGGAGAAACACUAGAAGUACCUGGACGGAAGAGGAGGCGACGACGAAUUGUUACUUCCGCCCCUCCAGAACCAGAUCCGCCAAAACCUGUAAAAGAACCACCCCCACUACCUUUAAUUUCUCCGCCAUUACCACCACCUUCUCCAGUGAAACUUGAAGUUGAAAAACUCGAAAUAAAAAAAGAGGAGGAAGAAAAAGUAGCAGAGGAGAUAAAAGAAACAAUUCCCGAACCGCCGCCUCUUGAAAUAAAAAAGGAAGAACCGAAACUUGAAGAAGUGAAGGUUGAAAUAGAAGUUGAGGAACCCGUACUCGUCAAAACUGAAGUUGAAGAAGAUUCAUCUUCAGAGGAAAACAAAGAUGCCAAAUCUGAGAAGUCCCAACCGGAUGAGGUUAUGAAGAGUCCUCCGCCGACACCUGUAUCGACCAGGAGGGCUUCACACAAGUCCGACAAAGAAGAAGAUAAGUCUUCUCCUGUAAAAAAAGAAGACAAGAAGGAGAAAUCCAAAAAGUUGAGCCGUGAGGAGAGAAAGCUCGAGGCUAUAUUGAGGGCUAUUGAACAGAUGGAAAAGGCGGAAUCCAGAAAACAAGAACAUCAAGCAAAACAAGCGCACAGGCGAGAAUCGGAGCCAAAUCCAGCUCAAAAAGAAGAGGAGAAACAAGAACCCAAGCUGAAAAGACGGAGAAGGAAGGGUAGAGCUAGAACGGUCAGUCAGUCCGCGGCUAGAAGGAACAGAUUGAAUUCAACUGAUUCGUAUAUGACAACAUCUGGUGAAGAAAAUCUACUUUCGCCUAAUGAUAACCAACUACCUACUAAACCCUCAUCUAAAGACACCGACCCGAAUGACAACAGGGCGGUGGGCCUCCUGUUGGCUCUAUCUAACGGAGAAAACGACGGUAAAGAACAAAAAUCUCCUGCAAGGGACAUCGAUUCUAAUUCCAAUUCUGCGCAUUCUUCGCCCGAAACGCCUUUAUCUUCGGCAUGUCUGCUGGUACAGGCGGCUGUGGAACCUCUCGAACAAGGUUUUAAGUUUCCCAAGACCAAGAAGGGAUUAAUGAAUGAGUGGUUGAACAAAGUACCGGAACCUGUCCAGACAGCCAGCGCUAUUUCUCCGACGUCUAUCGGUUCCCACGGGAGUAACAGCGUCGAUAUGGAUACGUCUGGAAUGUUCGCCUCGAAGAAUUUGGCACAAGUGAUGUCUUACUGCGACGCUAACAUUCAGCCGCGUGGCAGUGCCAAGAAGAGGUGGCUGCGCCAAGCGAUCAGUGAGGAUCACUCUUGUGACAGUCCAUCGAGUCGACCAGAUUCUCCACCAAUUAGUGACAUGGUAGCGCCUCCCAAAAAGAGAAGAUUGCCCAGAGAAUCAAUAUCGAAUGAUAAUUCGCCCCCUUCGACACCAACGGGCCCUGUUCCCGUUUUAAUAAACAACAUGGAUCAAGGAUCUAAAAACCUCGAAGGUUCCGUCGAAAUUGUUUACACCGGAACAGAAGGUGACAGUCCGAAUCAAACGUUGGAAUCGGAUGCCGUGUUGAAGGAGCGAGCCGCCAAGAUGAAACAAGAAUUCAGUAAACCGUUAUUUUCGUCUACCGUUGAACAACAUUCGCGAGCUGAUUUGGGCUCGUCGCUUUCUUGCCUUGAUCCGAGAUUGUCACGAGAAAACCGUUUUUUAGCCAAUACGGACCUGGUCGGUACAGUAGAAAAGACGUUAAGUAUUUUAGGACUAGAAAAUACCGAAACACGUAAGCCAGAACCAACAACUCCCAAACGAAAAGUGAAGCUCUCAAUUACAGAAUACAGACAACGGAAAAAGUUGAAUGUCGAGGAAAAAUCUGAGGAACAUGAGACUGAACCAGUCAGCACGGAAGAAAACAAUUCCUCGGAGUCGUUUAAAAUGGCUACAAGGCAUAGGUCGGCCAGCGCGAGUAGCAGUACUUCUUUGACAUCCAGUGAUGAUGACGUUUGUACUCCUGAAAUUGUUGUAAAAGCUCCUGUAUUCAAUUCGGAACCAACCGAGCUCGAACGUCAGCGGGAGACUUCUAGUUUGAGGCUGAAAAAGGCGUUCGGACUAUCCAUCGACAAGGAGCCACCCGCAGCUUUGAACAUUAAAGCCAUACUUAAUUUGGAACUGGAAUCGCCGAAGUUGAAGCCUGUGCCGUUGCUGAGUCCCACAUUUCCCAUACCCGGUAACGUGGAUUUGGCGACCAAGGAGUCGACGGAGGUGGCGCCCGCCCCCAACGCAGCUUCGCCGGAGCCUCCUAUACUAGCCGAGAGCCCGCCCCCCAUCGAUAAGCCGCCUGCCAUGGAAACAUCUACGGAGGAAAUGGAAACGGAGGACAUAUCCGUCACCGACGAUCCGGAUCCGGUUGUCGAGGAGAAAGACGCUACUGACGCGGACGAGCCCCAAAAUAUGUUUUACACUCCCGAUGAGGAAGACGCAGUGGUGCCGCCUGCGGAAAAAGAGGAGACUAGCGUUAGUUUCGAAGAGGCGGAAAGCAUUAGUUACGUCCCUCCUUUUAACAAUCCAGUGUAUCCGAACAGUAGCUUUACCAACUUCUCUUCCACGAUAGAUGACGAAGCGCGGUACGAAGGACGAAACCCUUCGCCACCACCAAACUUGGACGAAUUUGCCCAAUCGUGAAAAUUUUGUUAUAAAAAUUGUAUUGUGCAAUUUUCAAAGUAAUUAUUUGUACAAAGUAUUGAGUAUAAGUGAGCACAGUGUACAUACGUUGUUUAAUUUUUUGGAGAUUUAUUUUUUCUGUGCAUAUUGCACUAAUUUCUACAAGUUGAGUCUAAGUUAUUUUAUUUUCCGGUGAUUGAUUGUAAAGUUUAUUGUUGAUUUAAUUUUUUUACUAUUGCCUUUGUAAAGUUUUUCGUGUGACAUUUUGUAGAUAUAGCAAAAAAGAGGUAUAUGUACACUUUGUAAAUAAAUAUUUUUAAUGGAUAAUGGAAAUUAGAAAAUCGUUUAUUCAUUGCGUAAUUGUCUGCUACAUUGAUUUACGAGACGUGCUCAUAGAAAUCUCAUUGUAUAUAUAUAUAUAAAAAAACAGUUAAAUACUCUACUAGAUAAAAAGUAAAUCAAUGAUGCAAGAAUUAGUAAAAGUACAAAAAUUGUUUGAGGUGAUCUCGUUUUUUAAAACUAGGAGUUUUUUUAUUAUUUUUAUAGAUUUAAAAUACUGAUUGGGUUAUUUAGGUAAUUAGUGAUGUUAAUGUAGCUGUUCAUAAUCUAUGUAAGUUUCUUCUUAAAAAGUUUUAUAUUUGAUAAUUGUUGCCACUUUCUGUUUAGAGAAAAUAAUUCUAUUAGUAUAAAGCAGAAAAACUAUUCGACCUGAGGCCUCUCUAAGUUGGUACCUUCUUUCUUUUUUUUUUUUAUUUAUUUACAAAAAAAAUUGGGGCAAGUUAUUUUGGAUUAUUUAUGUUGGCAAAUGGCAAGAAAAUAUAUUUAACCACUUGUUUACUAAUCGAACGAGAAUGUUCAAUCAAUAGUUAUAGUUGAGUUUAAAUAGUUAUUUAUUAUUAGAACGUGUAAGUUAAAAAAAGAGGGGCUCAUUUUGUUUUAUUACAUAAUGAAAGGAAAUAGUAUUUUAUAUUUUUUAUAUUUUUUUUUCUGUUAGUAAUAGCAGUUUUGUAGAUUAAUUGUUUUUAUUGAGCAUUUUCAGAUGUUUAGUACGCUAAGACUUUUCGUCAACAUUUUUAGUCAUAAAUACAUUUCUUAAAUUAAAAACAUUGUUUUUGCAUAACAAUUUUCUCAAGUUUCAAAAAUUUGCUGUCAGUUAAAAAUACAGAAUGGUACGGUAUUCAAUGGUCAACGUUUUCUCUCGAAAUACUCCACAAAUUAAUAAAUGCGUUUUCUACUAUCCAUAAAUUGUGAAAGGACGUUGUGGAAAGUCUUUAAAUUUUAAGAAUUUUGGCUGUGAUUAUUCUCAUACAAUAUUUUGUACAUUUUUCAUCGAUAUAGGAAUUUUACUAUGUCACAAUCAUAGGAAAAGAUACGAGGGAAAUUCCAAAUAAACAAGAUUUUUUUUUUUUCGUUAUAUUUCACUGCUCAAAACGGUUUUAAACUAUUGAUUUUAACGCUUUCAUCGUUUUUUGUUUUGUAACUUUCUCUUUAAGAGCUUUUUCGUACAAGGAAAGAAAGGUUGCAUUGGGUAAUUUCUGGUGAAUAAAGAGGUUUAUGAUUUUGUUCAAAAUUGAACACUUCAGUCAAGAGCAGGUACACAUAAAAUAAUUAUGCUGUUUUGAAACCCCGUAAUUAUUAAAAUUAAUUAUUCGUCUUAGAAUUUUUUAUUUACAUAUUGGAUUAAUAACGUUUUUGAUCCGAAACUAUAGGGAUCGCAUUUAAAAAUAAGAAACUGGUGAAUUCCAACAAAUGUAUGCAUGUACACUACGUUAUCUUAUUAAAAUGAAUUUCACUUCUGACGUUUUCCUAUGUCUGUUACCUAGUGAAUCGCCCUGUACAUCAUCAUUCAUUAGUUUUAUAGGCGUUGUCAGAUGUAUUUUUUUAUAGUUUUUAAGAAAAUUUAUUGAUUUUUAUAUUUUUUAAAAUGUAAGUUCAUAAAAUCCUUGAAAAUUCUGUUCUCAAAUUACUGGAAUUUUCAAGGAAAUUUUAACCGUUCUUACAUUCGGACUUUAAAAGGAGCCGUUUAUGUAUUAAAAAUCACUCUGGAUCUGUGAUUUAAAGGCUUUUCUGUAGACGUAUUGUAAUGCGGACUUGCUGAACUUUUUCUAUGAAGUCGAACAUACGAGGUAUGAUCAAAUAAUGCGAUGUAUGAACGAAUUAAAACUUUAUUGUGACCUCUUUAAUCUUUUAUACAGUUUCUCCUUCAUGAUUAGUUUUUAUUUGAAAGAUCUAAAAUUCACAUGUUGACCAUAGACAAAAUGCAAUUUUUUUAUAAUUAAUUCGAUUGUGUUUUUAAAAGAAAAAUCAGUCAUUUUACAGAUAAAUUAUCAUGUCAUGAUCGAUUUAGUUGAUUCGACCUCGUAGAUUGAAUUUGAAACGGUAAAAAUUCGUAAUUUCACCAAAAAUUAAAUAUUUUUUAAAUUUUUAUAUAUUUUUUUCACUAAAUUAGGUCUAGAAUAUUAUUCAUUUUAAAAGUGUAACGAUGUUUUUAAAAUUAUCAAAUAACCAAAGAAAAAGUAGUUAGGUUCCGUUAAAUAUUGAAUCAUUCUGUAUAAUUUUGACGAGGAUAAUAAUAAUUGUUUGAAAUCUGCUUUAUAAUUAUAGAUAAGUUGCUGGUAUUUUACAAUUUUAAAUUUUGAGUUCAAUCUACACUAUUUAAGAAUUAAUGACUGCUGACACAUCACGUUUUGUUUUGAGGUCUCUAUGUAUAUAGUUGAAUCUUUAAUGUGUACAUAAAUAUAUUUAUAUAUUAUAUAGAUUUGUAAAUUUCGUACUACAACCAGUGUAAGUUAUGUUAAUAAAAUUUCGAUUAUUUAUUUUAAACAACCGUCUCCAGUGCAAAGAAUGUGACUCUGACGCAUUGAAGUCGGUAUGAACGCUGAAAUUUGCAAAUUACUCGUUUCGGCGUCGUUGUACAAAAUUUUCGUAAUAAAAAUUUCAAAAUGCAAACUAAAAAAUUGAAACUUUUUAUCAGUAUUAAAGUAACUCUAUUUGACGUUGAAAUUAGUAAUUUGCAAAUCGUCUAAAUUGUCAAUGAAACAUCAACGAGUUUAUGCAUAUAAAACUAUUUUAAUAUAUAACAUGGCUGUAUAUAUAAACAUUUAAUUAAUUUGAUGUUGGUACAGAACGUACAAUUAUUAAAUAAAUCCUCUAAAAUUUAA